CCAUCAACUCGAAUCCGUUGCAUCGUUCUCAAUCAUGUUUGCUACUAACGUCAGAUCACCUCGAAAACGAGAGCACUACAUUAUGCAACGAGUUUUUCAUACCUUCAUGAAACGUGGCUGGGACCAAUUCGCCGUCAUUUCCCCUGUGCCGCUGCUGCAUUCAGCCAUUUUGGGGAAAGGAUGAAGGAAGACCGUAAUUGGUUUAAGCCCUGGGUUGCGCGGGCAGAUCAACAACCGACACCUACGUGCAACGCCGGUUUACCGCCGUCGCGAGCGCAGAAAUUAGAGCAGUUGAAUUACUACCAGCAACAGCCGCUAGAUUACGCCACGAGACGGCACGGGAGCGCAAGUAGUCACGAUGGGAUUCGACGGUACUGCAUCGGUCGGCCGCCCGUGCCCCAAAGGCCCCUGGUGCGUAGCUCUGAUCAUCAGCGGACGCGGUCUUGUGGAAUUCCCGAUUGUUCCAGAGGACCAAGUGCCCAGAGUCAAUCCACCGCCACACAAGACACACCCUGACGGUAUUGGACACCAGGCGAUAAGCAAAGGUUCCUUGGCGUUGGCCGUCAGCUUACCAUCCAUAAAUAAUUUCCACUCCGAUGCCGAGAUCGAGGAACUGAGACCCAGCGAGGAAGAUAUUAGUGGCCUCACAAGUGACAGUCCGAAACGACCGGAGCAGCGACGAGUCACCAAACUCAAACGGAGGAAAGCUUAUUACCGCCACAAGAAAGAUGGCCGUUCGAAGAGUUUGACACACAUAGACACCUUGGAUCCGGGCAUGUUGGUGUCGCGAGAAAACUCCGGGGACUGCCGCUCUGAGCCGGAUUCGACGAUGCAAUUGGCCGGCGGCUCGCAGGACAGAUUGGCCGUGCCGGCGAUGGCGGCUCCGAUUCUCUCCAGUCCCAUCACCACCUCCGUUGUGGCGUUGACUAGCCCCACACCUAUCAGCUCUUCUGCAUCAACUACAGAGGAACACAGCUCUUCCGAUCCAGCCGUGAGACGGAGGCGAUUGUCUAAUCUUUACAAAAUCACGAGUUCCGAGUACUUCAGCGUCAGUUUUGACUGUUUGGAAGAACCCGGACAGGAGGAAUUCGUAGCCGCCUCCAAAGGAACGAGUUUAAGGGAGGCGCUCGCCGCCGUCUGCAUGCGUCGCGGAGUUGAUCUGUCAAACGUCAACGUCUAUCUGGACUCGUCCAAAACACCACUGUCCUUGAUAACGACCGAGACUUUCUGGCUGGGUGGUAAACACCUCAGGAUCAAAGCUAAAGAUGGCGUCAAAAGUCCUGUGCGGAAUGUGGUCUCCAAGCCUCUCUUACAACAUCAAUCUUCAAGGAAAAGUUCAGGAAGCAAUCGAAGUGGGAAGACGAGUCGGGCGCUUAGCGGAGCAACUAGUACCGAAGAUCCGACGGCGAUCGGAGCCGAUUGUCCAACCCAUCCUGUUUCCGGAAACCUGCCCAUCAGCAUGGCCAAUCUAGCUAGUAGUGGCUCUCACGAGGGAUCGCUCAAGGGCAAAGGCGCUAAAGCCACCACGCGAUGGAGUGGUCUCUUCGGCUCGACAUACAAGGACACGAAAAUGGACCUGCUGGCCGAACAGUUGAAUGAUUACAGCCGGCACGGCAUACCGCGGUUACCUCAUCUUCUUUCUUUCGAAGCCGACGAGGACACGGAAGAGGCGCUCUACAGUUUGGAGGAAGACUGGAAGUUGAUCGUCAUGGACUGGACAUCGCUGCCCGAACGACAGCGUCAGCAGCAGAACGCCAUUUGGGAGCUCGUUCAGACGGAAGUGGCUUAUCUGCGAACCCUCAAAGUCAUCACUGACUUGUUCAUGGCCUGCCUCUGCAACCUCCAAGCGGCCCAGAUCCUUAACGAGAUCGACACGGAGCGACUCUUCUCAAAUUUGCCAGAGAUUUACGUGGCAAAUAGGCAAUUUUGGGCCGAGCACGUGUUCCCAAUGCUCAAGAAUGCUCGAAGUGCCAGAGCUCCGCUCGAUCCUACUUCCCUUCAAGAUGGAUUCCUAAAGUUUGACGAAUUGUUCCACCCGUACACCAAGUACUGCCUGGACCAGAGUCAAUGUCAGCAAUACUGCAAAGAGAAAGACCACGACAACGAACUCUUCAAAGCCUAUUUAGCGUGGUGCGAGACGCAGCGCGAUUGUAACCGCCUUAGACUGAUGGACAUCCUGGUCAAACCCAUGCAGCGACUCACCAAAUAUUCCCUCCUACUCAAGGCCGUCCACAAGAAGACGGACGCCGAAGAACACAAGCCCAUUCUCAUCGAAAUGAUCCAAAGUGUCGAGUCUUUUGUCGGUCAAGUUAACUCGGCUCUGCGGCAGCGACACGAACAAGAACGCCUACGCGAGAUCCUCUCCCGCAUCGAAUCUUACGACGCUGUCGAGACCAAGGACGAAGAGGUGGAACGUCUUGUCAAGUCUCAUUGCGAUUUGGAUCUUACCAAGCCGAUGCCCUACUGUUCCGAGAACCAAAGGCGUUAUCUGCUUAUUGAGGGUGACUUGAAACUUCGCGACCAGGGAACCUCAAAAAUGGACGUCCAUUGUUUUCUUUUCACUGACGUUCUGCUGAUCUGCAAACCAGUAGCACGCAAAGCGGAAAGAGUCAAAGUAAUUAGGCCGCCUUGUUUGGUUGAUCGGUUGGUUGUCAUUGAACUGACUCGCGAUCCAGCUGGGCUUGGCCUCGUUUACCUGAACGAGCUAGGCACAGCGUCGGCUGCCUUUUCUCUACAUGCCUCAGAACCGAAACAAAGCAAAGUGUGGUUGGAACAUCUCCGCAAAUCGCAAGAGCUUUAUCGUGAGGCUAAAGCGACAGCAGCUGCUGCGGCCGCCCAUCCUGAUCCUUCGCUUUACUAUGACGAGGAUGACGAUCUUGAUUAUCCCCAUUCUGCAUUGCUGGUGGCGCGUAGUCCUAGAGGCUCAAGCAGAGGAAGCCGUGGUUCUUCGUUAAUUCAUUCACACAGGAUCAGCCCUUCGCUCCCGUUCUUGCCUGCUGAAAAUGACGAGUUGAAUGUUGCUCUUGGCUCCGUCGAUAUGAAUGAUCUAGCGAAUGCUAAUCGAGGCAACUUGGUAGACUCGUUGGAAAUCAAACGAACUUCGAGUGCGUCGUCCGAAGAAAGUGGACCGCAUGCGCCUUCCACAGCGGUCAAACAAAUCCCAUCUCCACGUACUGACAGACGUUCCAUAGUAGGUCGAUCGCUCCAUCAUUCCAUGUCACCUGUUCCCACGCCGAACACGCUGACGGUACAGGUUCCGCACGUCAAAGCCGUUUCCAAUCAAGGCCAGUCGUUGCCUAAUCUUUUAUCGAUCGCUGUGCCGGUUCCGGUCACUCCAGCCUCAGGAACUACUUCGGGAAUGGGGUCGUCGCUUAGUGUAUCCGGGCGCGUCCAAUCGGCUUCCGCUUUAAAUCAGAGAGGCGUUUCGUACCCUCCGCCUUCGCCACGAGGUUUGACCCGAGCCCAGCCCGUCCCGCAGUCUCGCAAUCCUCCCCUCGUUAAAACCCGCCGUCUAGCCUCCGUAGCCGGGCUCAUUAACGUCAACGUCACCGAUCCUUCGAACCAACAUUCAGCUACGUGUGAAGCCAUAAAUCCUAAUGUGGAUUUAAGAACUUUGACAAACGGCGUAGCUGCGACCACCCCUGAAAUUGUAACCGAAUCGUUCGAUUUGAACGAAGUUGGGGCUGAGUUGGAGGAUGAACUAGUUGAUCCUGAAUACGACGAUCAUCGCCAAGUUUUAAACGCGGCGCUGGCAAAGCGCUUAUCGAGAAACGAGCGUUUAGACCACCGAAGGUAUCAUACGGCUGGAGCCAUCGAAGACAUCAAGAAACAAGAUGCCAAAAACAACAGCAUCCAUAAGCGCCUUUCUUGGAAUUACGGACAGCAAGCAAAUCAAACAGUUUCCCCCAGUUCUAGUUUGUCAACGAGUAGACUUCUUCGUUCGGGUUUAAUGGGAAGUGCUACCAAUUCUGAUUCUAUGCUCAGCUUCAGCUCUAGCGGUGUUAGUAGUACCGGAUCUUUACAUCUGAGUACAGCCUCAGAGGUGGAAGACGUCUUGGAACUUGAACCGGACGUAAACUAUAAAAUGCACAUCUCAUCGACGUAUAUAUGCAACUCGGAACUUCCCAACACUGAAGGAACUCACGUACAGGUGCGACCUUUCCAGGAUAAACAAUCUCACAACAUUCUGCAUUCUUCGCGAGCUGCCCCACCACCGCCACCUCCCCGAAGUCUCCCUGUACCAGCAUCUUUACCUUUGCCUGGAGAUCUUCGACUGGAUGUUUCAGAAGUUUGCGACGGAAUUUCUUCCGUGCAGAUUACCGUAUCAGGCGCUGAAUGUUGCUCAUCCCCCAAUGCAACUUCACCAACGGUCAACGGUAAGCCAUCGCGAGCAGACUUAAUACGUAUGAAAGAUCUUAUUAUGGGAGAUACAUCAAUGGAAGCUUCGGAAGUAUAACGCAAAUAUUAGGAAAAACUUUCCACUUGUAUUCCAAAGAACAAAAAACUCCCAACUGUAUCCCUCAACAAAUUCUGUGUUGGUUGUAAGCCCAAAGCGCAUUUGGUGAAACGACGCUUGAACGACUCCGAAGUCCAACUUGUUGGGGGUCAUACUUAUUUAAAUUUUUGUCAUAAACUGCGUCAAGAGGCAAAGGAUUGACACCUAUGUAAUUGCAACUGGAUUUUAAUGUUAUUUCUUAAAUGAUUGUGAUGACGCAUAAGAAUUUCCAUUUACAUACUUGUUUUAAUAUUUGUGGCGUCACGCAAAUAAUUGUCUACCUACGUUUUGUAUCUAUAUUGGCUUUUGGUGCUGCAAAAUCAUGUUUCUUUCUUCAUCUUCUCAAUUUUGUCUCGGUCGUGCACAUUGUAAUUGAUGUCUUCUGACUAGUCAGCUACUAUUAUUUCAUUUAAACAUCUUGACUGCUCCCUUUUAGCAUUUGAGGGAGGUCACUUUCCUAUGCAUAUCGCAUUAUCAAUGCGUUACUAUUUUGCUUUGUAUUAUUCAAUUAUUCCGUAUCUAAAAGUUUAAUAUUCCUCGUUUCUCCAGGACUUCUGAAAUUGGACGAAUAAACCACAUUUUGCAUCUCAA